ACAACGUCAAACAAUUCAGAUUGUUAAAUUUGACGUUUUGAUAAAAUCACAAAACGUAAAACUGAAAAUUUCUUAUUUCUAAAUAAAUAUCAGCAAAAGAACGAUACUGUGAAUGAUUAUAAUUAUUAAAUGAAUAUAAUUUUUGAAUCGUUACUGCCAAGGUAUUAGAAAAAAUAAGGUAAUAACUUUUAAAAUUUUUGCCUAAGCAUAAUGAAUAUAUCAAACCUAAGAUUGAUGCAAAUCGCGGGUUGGGGUGGUGUUAUAGUUGCUUCAACUGGAUUUUUCUUACAAAAUAGACUUAUUGAGAACAUAAGAAAUACAGAGCAUUAUAAAGAUGCUUUGAAGACCUUAAGAUUAAAUGUUGGGGCUGUUCACUAUCUUGGAGAACCAAUAAAGGACAAAAGAAUUAAAUUAACUGACAGUGAAAAUAACAACGCCGAUGAGACUAGCGCUAGAUUUUGUGUGCCUGUAACUGGUCCAAAAGACAAAGGUCAGCUUUUAUUACAGAUAAAUAACCACACAUUUCAAUAUUACAUCAGGAUGUUUGUCGGAACAUCAAGAGAGAAAUUCUUUUAUCACAAUACCCUACUAUGCCUUGUUAAAUCUUUACAAAACCGUAAUAUAACAGUUGAUCUCAGAGAUGAUUCGUAUGUAUGUGGUCAUCUUGAUACGGUGGAUGGCUUCAUGAACCUUUCACUUAGCAAAGCUGUUUAUUGUGAUACGCGACAGAAUGAAUUCCUAUUUGAGAACUUUUUCAUUCAAAGUAGAAAUAUUAGAUAUGUUCACAUACCGGAAGAUCUAUUUUCUUUGUUAGAUAUCUAUCAUAGACAAUAUUAAAAAUGAAGUCCAUAAGGAAAAUAUGAAACAUACUAACCCAAAACCAAAAAAGUCAAGGAAAGCAACAAAGGCUCUUCAACAGCAUAUGAAAACGGUUGCAAUGUUGGAGAAAUGACUAAUGGAAUCAAGAUAUUUCUAACAUCAAAAGAAUGUACGCUAAUUCACAAUAUUUACAAAUUAUAUAAUAAAAUAAUAAAGUUGAAUAAA